AGCAAACUACUUUAUUAUCAUUCUGCUACUCUACAGUUACUUGGAUGAACUUUACUUAUUGUAAUAAUCCAAAUUACAGAGUUGUGUGAUAUUUGGUUUGUUGGUGAAUGGCGAUGGAUGAUAACGAGAGUUGUGGAAGUAGAGCGAUGGAGGCAACGUCACCGAGGCAUAAUAGGUUACAAAGGCAGAAACAUGAAGUGUAUAACCAAGUGCUUAGUAGAUUACAGGAUUUGAAUCUCGAAGAGGUUAAAUUACCUGGUUUUGAAGACCACCUUUGGCUUCACUUCAAUCGCCUCCCUGUUCGAUAUGCAUCGGAUGUGAAUGUGGAGAGAGCAGAAGAUGUGCUCAUGCAUAAGAGAUUACUGGACCUAGCAGAGGAUCCUGAGAAUAGACCUGCUUUUGAUGUCCGCCUUGUUCAGGUUCAGCCUAUGUACAAUGGAGUGUCAACCAAUACUGUUGAUGUAGAUUCUUCAGUUAAAGAAGAAAUCCCAAGCAUUCAUCCUCCUCCAACAUUUGGUUCAGCACCAAAUCUUCAAGCCCUUGAAAUUCAGGACAAUAAACCUGUAAAUGAUGGAGAAAGUGAUAUCAAUUCAACUUCGCGUACAACCAGGCCAAUGCACGAGAUUACUUUUUCAACAAUUGACAAGCCAAAAACGCUCACUCAGUUGACCAAUAUAAUUUCUGAGAUUGGUCUGAACAUUGAAGAGGCCCAUGUUUUUUCAACUACUGAUGGUUUCUCCUUGGACGUCUUUGUGGUUGAUGGAUGGCCAUAUGAGGAGACGGAGUUGCUUAAGAGUGAGGUGCAAAAGGAAACUAUAAGGAGCAAGGAGCAACCACAGUUCCAGGCUGCAAUGAAUGAGCCAGGUCAAACAUCUGAAUCAGGUUCCGAUAGUGUAAAAAUACCUACUGAUGGAUCUGAUGACUGGGAAAUUGAUAUCCGUCUGCUGAAAUUUGAAAACAAAGUUGCAUCUGGGUCAUUUGGAGAUUUGUAUAAAGGCACAUACUGUAGCCAGGAAGUGGCUAUAAAAGUUCUCAAGCCUGAACAUUUGAAUAUGGAUAUGGUAAAAGAGUUCACCCAGGAGGUCUUUAUAAUGAGGAAAAUUCGGCACAAAAAUGUUGUUCAAUUUAUAGGGGCAUGCACACGACCUCCGAACCUGUGCAUCGUGACAGAGUUCAUGUCCAGAGGAAGCAUCUAUACAUUUUUGCACAAGCAAAGAGGUGCUUUUAAGCUUCCUACUCUCCUGAAGGUUGCAAUUGAUGUUUCUAAGGGAAUGAGUUAUCUGCACCAGAAUAAAAUAAUUCAUCGGGAUCUGAAGACUGCCAAUCUUCUGAUGGAUGAACAUGGAGUUGUUAAGGUUGGUGACUUUGGGGUCGCGAGAGUGCAGGUUCAAACUGGGGUGAUGACUGCAGAAACUGGAACAUAUAGAUGGAUGGCUCCUGAGGUGAUUGAACACAAACCGUAUGACCACAAGGCCGAUGUUUUCAGCUUUGGUAUAGUGGUGUGGGAACUUCUGACUGGAGAAAUUCCAUAUGCGUACUUAACACCAUUACAAGCAGCAAUAGGUGUGGUGCAGCAGGGUCUUCGGCCAACAAUUCCUAAAAGCACUCAUCCAAAGCUUGUUGAACUUCUUGAGAAAUGCUGGCAGCAAGACCCAACUGAGAGACCUGAUUUCUCGGAGAUUUUGGAUAUUCUGCAGAAACUAACUAGGGAGGUUGGAGAUGAUGGGGAGGACAGACACAAGGACAAAUCCAUCAGUAGCUUUUUCUCGGGUCUUAGAAAGGGCAAUCACUGAGAUUUUACUAAAAGAGAGGAGGGUAUUCGGCCUUCAGCUUUUGUCUCGGUGUACAGAUUCUCAGAUGACCAGACUCGAUCCGAUUAGUUUUUGUAUCAUGGUUUUAUCCAAUGUUGCUUGGUAUUCUUUUACUAUUCCUAAUUUAGUCAGGGGUGCAAGCUGGUGAGGAAAGCUUUGGCAACUCUGUACAGAAUACCUGUGAAUUUCCGCAAGUUCUAAUUGCUAGUCCUUUUUCUACUCUUUUUAAUUAAGAACCUAUAUCUUUUUUAA